GCGGCGGAGCAAUGGCGGCCUCGGGCGCGGUAGUUCAUGGCGCCCGCAGACGCUGUUCAGCAUCGACCUCCUCGACCUCCUCGUCAUCUUCUUCAUAUCCAUUGAGAUACGCAUCCUCAUCCUCAUCCUCGUCGUCAUCGCGGAGCGCGUUUCUUGUGUGCAUGGUCUUGAUGUCUUCGUUGGAAGGAUCGCUGGCGUUCACGGGAGGGACUCUGCCUCUCCUCCGCCAUGGCAACAUGCCCUGCACCCGUGAGAGGCGACAUGCUGAUAUUGUUACUAUGAAUUCGGAUAUUUCGGAGACCAUGGGACGAAGGAGCAUGCUGGGCUCCAUCCUGCUCAUUUCUUCUUUUGUGGCAUCGGCGGGUGCUGGCGCCAAGGAGGGCACGGCUACAGUGGAUACGUCUGCUUCGAUCGACCUGACUACGCCGGAAGGGAACGCGAAAGCUCAAGUCACUGACAAGGCAUACUUUGACGUUUCGAUUGGAGACUCAAAGAACACGAGCAGGAUCGUAAUAGGGCUGUAUGGAGGCAUCGUUCCUAAGACUGUUGAGAACUUCAAGGGCUUGGUGAAAGGUUCCCCUGGCUACGGGUACAAGGGCACGGAGUUCUACCGUAUUGUGCAAGGACUUCAGAUCUCGGCAGGAGAUGUCCUGAACAACAACGGAAGGAGCGGGAAACCAGCGAUCAACGACGGCGAGCCGUUCGAGCAGGAAAACUUCAAGAUCAUGCACACAGCGCCAGGAAUCGUUUCCAUGCAGAACACGUUGGAGAAGACAGUGAGCAAGAAGAGGGGAGCUGAAAUCGCAUUUGACAUGAAGUCUCCAGGUCGACUCGCGUUUCUUCAUCAGCACCAGGAGAGAAAUAGAUAUGGGUGGGAGACCGAACGAACCAAGGGAUAG